UAUCACUCUCACACUUGAUGCUUUAAAAAAUUAGUAAUCGUGACUGAAAAAUUACGUGAGGCUCCAAUUUAUUAAAAAUUAAACAGAAUUGUAACAAAUACCAUAAUUUUUUUAUAUGUAGUAAGCGUUUAAGGAUAGAGCACAGAAUAUGCGUUAUGUGUGAAAUAUUUGCGUAUGUUAUUUUGAACGGUAUUGGUUAAAAAAUAGUAUUUUAAUUUCACUGAUAAGAGUGCGGUGCCUUCAACUGAGCGACCGACAACACAUUCACCUCGCUGCACUACGCUAUAUGGCAAUUUUCUAAAAUUAAAAACAAAAUAUGGUGAAUGUGCUAAAAAGAUAGCAAAUGAUAGACGUUUAGGUUUUAAAACAAAACACAUAUACAUAUAUGUGUUAAAUGUAUCCGAUAUAUAAUAUAUUCGUAACAAAUAUUUUAAGAAAAACAAAAAACGUGUGUAAACACAACUUUGAAAAUGUCCCGCUUACAAACGCCAGGGGAUAGAAGUAUCUCAGCUGAAACUAGAGAAUUUGAGGACUUUGAUACAAAUGAAUUUAUCACUGAAUUCUUUGGUACAUCAUUGGAACGACAAGUGGCGCAAUUAGAUGGACCAGCUACAACUGUUACACAUCAUGUGCACAGCAGGGAUCAUUAUUCUGAAAAUGAGGCGCAUCGAAUUGGAAAUAUGACAAGAAAGAUUAAUUCACGUUCUGGUGUAUACGAUGCGUUUAUUGGCAAUGCCGAAAAUGAUCCACCUACUGUGUUUCAUACAGCCACAAAUACAAUAGAUCAUUCCGAUCUGAUGCCGUUUCUAAAAGAUGUUGGGUUGGGUCCAAAACACAUAAGAUCACAAUCUAAUAUAUCUGCAUCACAUACGGAAAGUGAAUUGCCAGAUAAUGUGACGAUUGACGGUGAAGGACCAUUCGAAAUUAUAGAUGUCUUUGAUUCAGAAGUUGAUGCAAAGGAAACAGAUACCAUGACCAAUGUGCCUACAAUAUCUACAACAAAUAAUAAUAAUUUUAUUACAGUAAAAUCGUAUAGCGAUGAAGAGCGUAUUGCGAUGGCACAAAUGGCAACUUUAACGCAUCUAUUGCAUCCUGAAAAGGAUGGUUUUGAUGGAUCCCUGGAAUGGAGUGGUGAUGAGAUAAUUGAACAUUCACCAUACUCAAACACAGGUUCCUCAAAAUCUGAACAUUUGCUAGAAGUAGAAGCAGUUUCCCCAGAAACUCUUUCAGAAUAUAAUCACAAAUCAGAUUCAGAACCUGAGAUUGAACAAGAACAUGAAACAGAGCAAGAACAUGAAACUGAACAGGAACAUGAACAUGAAACGGAACAAGAAUUUGAUACUAAUAUGCAAUCUUCUUCAAAAAUAUUUGCAACAACAACAAUAACUACAUUAAGAGCAGUGCCGGAAGUAACAGAACCAACAAGCUUUACAGAUAUAUCUUUAGUAUCUCCUAUGAGAAGUUCAGAGACAUCUGUAAAUGAUGAAGAUAGUGUUGAUCCAAUUCAGCUGGAUACACAACCAAUGGAGGUACCGGAGGAUGUACCUGAAGAAGUACCAGAAGAAGUACAAGAAGAGAUACCAGAGGAGGUCUCAGAAGAGUACGAAACUGAAUUACCAGAAACAAAUAUGUAUAAUAUAGAUGAUAUAAGUAGUUCUAGUUCGGGAAAAUUAAUAGUGGAUGAAGAUAGAUGUGAGGAAUUUUUAAAAGCAGUAACCAUGCAUUCUGAAAAACGAAUUAUAAAACCAAAAAUAAUUUGGGACCCCACUUCUAGUACAAUAUCAACUCAAUCAACUAAAUCAAGUCGUUUAAGUUUCUCGAAGGAAACAAAGCAAAUAUCUAAUGUAGCAGAAGAUAAAGAAAUUAAAGGAAAUAUUAGUGACCACAAGAUACAAGAAUUGCAAAAGGAAAACGAUCCGCUUUUAGAAAUAAAUACAAAUUCCUCCUCAAAAAGUGAUGUGCGUGGUCGAACUGAAGAAGGACAAAUAGUAAGUAGAAGAAAGCGAAGAUUAAUGACCCCGGUUUACAAUGGACAUAGUCUUAUUAAAAGAAGAGCACAGGAAGUGGAUCCUUUAUUGGAUCACGAGUUUAAAGUAAGUAACACAGCUACUGAUGAAUGUGAUCAUUUAUCAAAAUGUAGCAAUGAGGAGGAACAAAGUAUUUCAAUAAACAACAUUAAAUCGGAAGAACUGUGUAAUACAGAGAAUAAUGCUGAGUCUAUAGAAACUGAAAAUAUUAUUAUGACAGAAACGAAAAAAGAGAGACAUCGUAAACCGCAAAAACGUAGAAAAAUUUCAAAUUCGGUUAAUAAUAAUUCAGAGUUGGAUACGAUCGAGGAAAAUAAUUUGGAUAAUAAAAAUUUAAUUAAAAUUAGUUCACCCUUAUCGGCUUCUGAAGUAGGAAGCAAAGCAAAAGGUGAGUGUGGCGUCGAGAAAGAUCAAGAUAAAAAUAAACAAGAGCAAAAUGAAUCACAAGUGAAUACCAGUGUUGAAGAAGAGUUCAUUCAAAUAAAAGAUGUUACUAAUUGUUCAGAGAGCAACACCACAAAUGUAUUGGAACAGAGUAAUAUUGCUAAUGUAAUUAGAACUCAAAAUUACAGUGAUAUUUCUGAUGACGAUUGCAAUAUAACAGAUGAAAAGAAUAUAACAGAAAAUGCAAUUGAUCUAAACGUCACACAGAAUGAUAAGCAAUCAUCGGAAAAUUUAGAAGAAAGUAGUAAUGUUUCAGUUAAUACAAGUGAUCUAGAAAAAGCAGAUCAAGAUUCGCCAGAGGGUAAUCAAACAAAAGAUGAGAAACUUCGAGUUUCGGUGAAUAAAACACCUGAACCUGUAGAUGAGAAAUCUGUGGAAAUUAGUACAACUAAUGACACUGAAGACACAUUAGAAAUAGAACAAAAUCCUCAAAUGCCUAGCAAAACUUCGGAAAAGAAUGAUUUUAAAUCUUCAAAUGAAUCCGUUCAGACUGUAGAAGUACCUUCCUUAAGGAUUAAACGCGGUCCCAAAUCAAAAGUAGCAUCUAAUUGGGAACAUGUUUAUAAACAAAAAGCCGACGAUGAUUCUCUGAUAGUACGUCGGCGUUCUAAUAGUUCUUACUCCAGUACCACUUCAAAUAAUUUAAGUUUAGAUAUCUCAGAUACGCCGAAUGAUAAUGAUAUAAAUUCGGCCAGUACUACCUCUAUAUCUGAAAAUUCUUUAGUUAUAAGUUCUUCACCUGCCACAGCCACCUCAAUAAAAUCGACUCCUGUAAGUAAAGCAAUAACGAAAAAUAAUAAAACCGCGAAAUCGAAUAUAACAAAUGAAACAUCAGAAACAUCAGAAACCGAGGCACAAACGACAACAAAUGUAAAAACAAUAAAAUCAAAUAGAACUAAAAAACGCGUCGUUAUCGUGGAACCGGCUCCAAGUACAGAUCAAAAUUCAGCUGUAAAUGAAGAUAAUUCAUUUGAAUUUACAAAACCAGAAACAAGAAUAAACAAAAAACCUGGUCGUCGAAGAAAGAAUGCGGUUCUUACUCCAGAAGUCACACCGACAACAACAGCAACCCCGGCUUUGGCAUCUCCAGUUUCGGCAGAAACAACAAAAGUUCGAAAGAAACCAGGACCUAAAAAACGUAAAAAUGGAACUAAUGUCCCUUUGGCUGAUAUAAAGAAUGUAAAAAGUCCCGCUAAAACAAAAGAUGGUGAAAAUAAUACAAGUGAAGUGAAGCCUGUUGGCUCAAAGGAUGCUGCAGCAAAAGAAUUGCAAAAUGAAACAUCGGAAGAAGUGAAAAAUUCAGCAGCAAAAAAAGAUAUAACUAAAGAUGGAGUAAAAAAUACGCCUAAAGUUUUAUCGAAAGAAACGCCUAAAGAAACACCUAAAGCUAAAGUAGAUCCACCGGUAACAAAAGUGGAUACACCAACUGUAGCAAAGAAGGGAAGAGAAGCAAAACCACCAGUAAUACCUCAUGAUGUCGUUGUAAAAAAAUCAAGUAAUGUGGCACAAAUUAUAUUUAGUACCCAUAAGGCAAGACAACCCCAUACGUUUACGCCACAGAUGAUGGCUAAGCUGGUAGAAAUAUUAAAAGAGCUAAGUGUGGAUAAACAGUGUAAUGUCGUGUUAUUGCUUUCAAACGGUCCGAAUUUUUGCCAUGGAGUAGAUUUUACUGACCUGGCACAUCCUGUUUUAGAAAAACGCCGUCAAGCGGCGCAUGUUUUAGCGAAAGCAACAAAAGAUUAUUUGUACGCGUUACUCACAUUUCCCAAACCAAUUAUUGCCGGUGUUUGUGGAUCUAAUGUUGGUUUAGGUGUGACACAACUGCCAUUGUUUGAUGUUGUUGUUGGCACUGAUAAAGCUACUUAUGAAACUCCAUAUGCCAAAAUUGGACAGUUACCUGAAGGUUAUUGCAUUUGGAAUAACUUACCCAAAAUCAGGGGAACAUAUAAAACCAAAUUAUUCUGGCUUUGUGAUAAACUACACUCUACUGAGUCUGUUAUAUCGGGUUUGCUUAGUAAAUUGUCAUCCACAACCAAUCUGAAUGAAGUUGCUUUAGAAGAAGCUAAGAAAAUAGCUGCAUUCUCACCAGAGAUGUAUAUUGCCAUGAAAAAAACUGUUGUUCUUAAUAAUUUAAAUGCUGUUGGGACGCAAUUGGACGCUGAAUUUGAAACGAUCAUUGAGCAAUGGUGUUCAAACAAAUGUUCUGAAAGCUUUAGGAAAUAUAUACAAACGGGUCAUUUUUGAGAAAAUCACUUUUAUCUGCUGGCAAAACAAAGGUGUGAGAGAGAAACCAAUGAUUUUUGUAACAUAUAAGGCCGUGAAACGGAUAACCCAAAACAUUUUUUGACUUUCAUUUCGUUCAAACUCCAUA